AUGGCUCUCCUCAUCUUGCUGUUCCUGCUGCCAAGUCCCUUGCAUUCCCAGCACACUUGUAGUAUCUCCAAAGUGACCAGCCUGCUGGAGGUAAACUGUGAGAACAAGAAGCUUACAGCACUGCCUGCAGACCUGCCAGCAGACACAGGCAUCCUCCACUUGGGCGAGAACCAACUGGGUACCUUCUCCACAGCAUCCCUGGUGCAUUUCACUCACCUCACUUAUCUGUACCUGGAUAGAUGUGAGCUGACCAGCCUGCAGACCAAUGCUAAACUGAUAAAGCUGGAAAACCUGGACUUAUCCCACAAUAACCUGAAAAGCCUGCCCUCCUCCCUAGGAUGGGCAUUGCCUGCACUCACUACUCUAGAUGUCUCCUUCAACAAGUUGGGCUCACUGUCUCCUGGUGUCCUGGAAGGCCUAAGCCAACUCCAAGAGCUCUACUUGCAGAACAAUGAUCUUAAGAGUCUGCCCCCUGGGCUUUUGCUGCCCACAACCAAGUUGAGGAAACUCAAUCUGGCCAACAACAAAUUGCGUGAGCUGCCCCCUGGGCUCCUAGAUGGGCUGGAGGAUCUUGAUACCCUCUACCUUCAAAGGAACUGGCUACGUACAAUACCAAAGGGCUUCUUUAGGAACCUCCUCUUGCCUUUUGUUUUUCUCCAUGCCAACAGCUGGUACUGUGAUUGUGAAAUCCUCUACUUCCGUCACUGGCUCCAGGAAAAUGCCAACAAUGUCUACUUAUGGAAGCAGGGUGUGGAUGUCAAGGACACGACUCCUAACGUGGCCAGUGUACGAUGUGCCAAUUUGGACAAUGCGCCUGUCUACUCCUACCCAGGGAAGGGCUGCCCUACUAGUAGUGGUGACACAGACUAUGAUGACUAUGAUGAUGUCCCUGAUGUCCCUGCCACAAGGACUGAGGUCAAGUUCUCUACUAACACUAAAGCUUAUACCACCCAUUGGAACCUACUCUCUGCAGCACCUUCUACUUCUCGAGACAGCCAAAUGAUUUCUUUGCCUCCAACUCACGAAACCACUAAGAAACAAUCUACAUUCACCCACACACAGAUCCCAGGUUUCACCACACUCCCAGACACCAUGGAAUCUAAUCCAACCUUCUAUAGUCUAAAACUCAAUACUGUACUCACCACCACCCCAAACACCCUAGAGCCCACCUCUACCCAGACUACCCUAGAGCCCAACAUCCAACCAAUGCUUACCACCUCCACCCUGACUACCCCAGAGUCCAGCAGCACCCCAGUGCCCACUACUGCCACCCCGACUUCCCUAGAGCCCCACACCACCCCAGUGCCCACUACUGCCAACCUGACUUCCCCAGAGCCCCACACCACCCCAGUGCCCACCACUGCCACCCUGACUACCCCAGAGCCCAGCACCACCCCAGUGCCCACUACUGCCACCCCCCUGGGCUUCUAUGUCCUUGGUCUCCUCUGGCUCCUAUUUGCCUCUGUGGUCCUCAUCUUGUUGCUGACCUGGACCUGGCAUGUGACACCACAGAGUUUGGACAUGGAACAAUCUGCUGCAUUGGCCACAAGCACUCACACCACAAGCCUGGAGGUGCAGAGGGCAAGGCAAGUAACUAUGCCCCGGGCCUGGCUGCUCUUCCUUCAAGGAUCACUCCCUACUUUCCGGUCUAGCCUUUUCCUGUGGGUAAGGCCUAAUGGGCGUGUGGGGCCUCUGAUAGCAGGAAGGCGACCCUCAGCUCUGAGUCAGGGUCGUGGUCAGGACCUAUUGGGCACAGUGGGCAUUAGGUACUCAGGCCAUAGUCUGUGA